GUGAAAUCAAAUUUCAGGGGAAAAUUGGUAAGUGUUUAGACACGUUGGAAAAGUUGCGCAGUGCCAACCUCAGAGAUUCACAAAUAAGCAAUUAUGGAUGCUUCAUCUGAGCAAGUAAUUCGGCUAGAAGAAGGACAAGAUACAAAUGCAUUAUUUGAAAAAUGCUUAGGAUGCUCUGACGUUGGAAUCGUUUCUGGUACUGUUCGAAACAUGGAUGGAACCAUGGCCGCGGAGCUUGUCCGAAAAUUAGUGACAGAAAUUUCAUCACAGAUGCGUCCUACCAUGGCUAUUUGGUUGCAUUGGAUUAUUGUGACUCACGGUGGAUAUUUGGCCAGUGUCCAAGAUUUACAAGAACCACUGAAUGAAUUGCACGCCAAGCUGAUACACGGCGGAGAUCUUCUUAUGAAAAUUUCAGCGCUAUCAGGAAGAUUAAGUAUGGUACUUGGACAGGCUGAGAUCCGAGAGUCUCGCCGAUUAGAUCAAGAAGAAAGUAGUGAGGAGGAAAGUGAAUACGAGGAUGGACAAAAUUCUGACUAUGAUAUUGAGGUAGUGGACGAGAAUGAAGAUGAAUUGGAUGAAAAUGAAGAUGAGGAAGAUGCCGCAGCUGCAGCAGCAGAAAUUACGAACCAGAACCUUGAUGAAGAUAAGGUAAACGCAUCUCUUUCUCCCGAUGCAGAGUUGUCCCCUAGAAGAAGUUCUCGACGAGAACAAAAGAAAGAUCACUUAGGUGAUGAAGAAGAAGAGGAAGAAGAAGAUGAUGAUGAGCCAGCAUUGCAUGAAGAAGCAACUGAUGAAUCCGAGUCUGAAGCAGAAGUGGAAGCUGCUAGACCUACUCCAAUACGCAAGGAUAUUCGCUCCGAAAGUCCAAGAAAAUCUAUGCGCAAAUCUAGGUAAAAGCAGAUUUCCCGUGUUGUUAAGACAGCUAGUGGAAACAGUUUUUUGAACCAGUAUUUUAAUUUGUUGUUAAAUUUUUUGAAAAGAACGAGACUGAAACACCUAGAAACUUAGCUUUUGGAAUGCUUUCAUAACAAGCGGUAUAGAGAACAAAAGCGAAAGUUUUGUAAUACGACUUUUCGUCUGUCGACGGAAAAAAGUUAACGAUACGGUGAUUUCAAAAAAGGAUUUCAAUUGUUUAUGGAUCUAAUUUAUUUCAGGUUUAGAUGUACCAUAGGUUUUGGGUUUGGCUAAUAAUACUGUUUGGUUACUAUAAAUUUUAUUAUUAAGAAUUGCCUAUGUAAACGUAAAGACGCUUGUUGUUUAACCUGUACUGCACUUGAAUGCAAACUUCAGAUCCAACAAAUACUUUCGCAUCAUGUAUUACUUUUGUCUUCAUUCUUUUACAUAUACGUUUUACGAUUUGCA